UUCAGCAGACUGUGCCUCAUAAAAGAUCAAACUGAAAAGGUCUCAUCUCUGAAAAUGCAAGCUGAGGAAUACAACCGUAGAGGUAAGGAGAUGGUGGACUACAUCACACAGUACUUGUGCUCCAUCAGGGAGAGGAAGGUCAUUCCAGAUGUGAAACCAGGCUUCAUGCGAGAGCUUCUUCCGGACACUGCACCAACAGAACCAGAGGACUGGGAAAACAUCUUCAAUGACAUUGAGAAAGUCAUAAUGCCUGGAGUAGUUCAUUGGCAGAGCCCUCACAUGCACGCCUACUUCCCCAGUCUGACUUCGUGGCCCUCAAUGCUUGGGGACAUGCUAGCUGAUGCCAUCAACUGUGUUGGAUUCACUUGGGCCUCGAGCCCAGCUUGUACAGAACUGGAGAUGAAUGUGAUGGACUGGCUGUGUAAAGCCCUGGGGCUGCCUUUCUUCUUCUUGCAUAAUCAUCCUGACAGUAGAGGUGGAGGCAUGCUGCAGAGCACAGUCAGUGAAAGCACACUAGUUGCUCUGCUGGCAGCGAGGAAAGACAAAAUUCUCCAGAUGAGGGCUGAACUGGAAAAGGACGUGGAUGACUCAGUCCUCAAUUCAAGACUCAUUGCUUACGCUUCAGAUCAGGCUCAUUCCUCAGUUGAAAAGGCAGGUCUGAUCUCCUUGGUGAAGAUCAGGUUUCUGCCCACUGAUGAGCAGUUAUCUCUUCGAGGAGACACCCUGAAACAUGCCGUUCAAGAGGACAGGAGGCUGGGACUCGUCCCUUUCUUGCUGUGUUCAACUUUGGGAACUACAGGAGUGUGCGCCUUUGACAAACUCUCCGAACUGGGACCAGUUUGUGCAGAAGAGGGACUCUGGCUUCAUGUAGAUGCUGCGUACGCUGGCUCGGCCUACUUCUGUCCGGAGCUCCGCUGGUCCCUGGAGGGCAUUGAAUUUGCACACUCUUUUGUCUUUAAUCCCUCCAAGUGGAUGAUGGUUCAUUUUGAUUGCACGGCCUUCUGGGUAAAGGAUAAAAACAAGCUGCACCAGACCUUCAGUGUUGACCCUGUUUACCUUCGGCAUGAAAACUCACAAGGAGCCACAGACUUUAUGCACUGGCAAAUUCCUCUCAGCCGACGUUUCCGAUCCCUCAAGCUCUGGUUUGUCAUGCGCUCCUUUGGGCUAAAAAACCUCCAGGCUCAUAUAAGACAUGGGAUUGAGAUGGCAAAACUCUUGGAGUCUAACAUACGGAAUGACUUAAAUUUUGAGGUUCCUGCUGAGAGGCACCUCGGCCUGGUGGUGUUCUGUCUGAAAGAAGGAAAUGACUCGACCCAGGAACUGCUAACGAGACUGACCCGUUCUGGCACCAUGUACCUCAUCCCUGCAGAAAUUCACAGCAAAUUCAUCAUCCGGUUUACAGUGACCUCACAGUUCACUUCUGCCGAUGACAUCCUUAAGGACUGGGGCAUUAUUUCAGAAACUGCCUCCACUCUUUUGGCUGAGAUGAAAACCUUGAAUAAUGCUGAUAAGUCAAAAUCAAAGGAAGAUGAGGUGACAGGAGCUGAGCAACACCAGAAUCAGUCAAGUGCUUCCACUAAUAAGAAAGACGAUGCUGGCAAUUUUCAGGUGGAGCUGUGGAUCGACAAGGCGUGGAAUCGACCCAGGAGACCAAUGCGCUCACUUAGCUGCAGCAGCGAGCCUCUCCCGUGUACUUACAUUGGGCCAAUGCCUGGCUACGACUGUGAAACAAGACCCGGAUUCAAAAAUGCAGCAAGUGGCCUUCCCACAGCUGCACCAUCAGUGGCAAGAUCUGGUCCAGUGUUUGAAGUUAUUGAGAUGUCUUCAGAUCUCCCGGGCAAACAGGUCACGAAAAAGCUGACAAAGUUCUACAGUGUGCCCAGUUUCUGCAACCAGUGGGUCCAGUGUGGUCGGCCCCAGCUGUGCUGCCCUAUAAAGGUCUCACAGACACAGAAACAUUUGCCCUCCACCUGCAGAAGAAUGAAUUACAUGCCCACUUCUUCUCUAGCCAAGACCGCUCCAACCAACACUUCACUGGAGUCUGCACCUGCAGCUACACUCCUCUAAAAGCUCUGGAAGCAACGGACAGUAGUUCACACCGACAGGAAAGUUCUGCUAUUGAUAAUCAAGUUGUGUGCCUCUCAGCUGGAUGUGCUGGUGCUGAACAUGCACAGACAGACACAUUGAUGAUCACUUACAAUCAUGGUUUUUUUUCUUCCUUCUUUUAUUUCUUCCUUUAAAAUGGUCAUGUACCAAAUGUUUCCCACACAAGGUAAAGAACUCAUGACAUAUGUUGUAUAUACAUGCUGACUGUACAAGUUAUUUGUGAUUAUUUUUCAUCCUGUCCCCUAAGGCCAAAACAUGAAUUGGACGGUUUGACAAUCUAAUAAUAAACACUGAACAAAGAUCAAAGUCUGAGCGUUCCCUCUGCGAUGUUGCUGAAUAUCUCCUGGGUCAUGGGCACGUAGCCCGUAUUGUCCUGCAGGAAGAAUAAUGGGUCCUUGAUGACGGUGGGGUUGAAACCCUCUUCACCCAGCUUAACCUUCAUCUGCUUAUACGUGCCAGUCAACACCAACGCAUCCUGCCCCAGAAAAAACCUCAUGAAUAUUUAUGGUUGUUAAGACAUUUUCAUGCGUGUGUAAAUGUGACAGUCUGCGUUCACCUGUAUGCGUAUGAAACGUGGCCUGGCAUAGCUGGGCAGGUAAUUUUUGACAUGCUUGUACACAGCGUUGCCAUCAAAGUCCAUGUUUUCCUUCAGCUUCAGUGCUGCCAUUCCAAUCCUUCCCUCAUGUCCUAAACAGUAACAAAUUAAAAAAACAGAUUCAUUUCAGAGUUUUCUGUAUAUAUGUGUUUCUUAU